CCGGCCAGGAGAGACUCUGGCCGGGUGGCUGGCGGGGGGGGGGGGGAACUUUUCCUGUGCCGCUCCCCCCCCCCCCCGCCCCACAACUCCCAAUGCAUCCAAGCCUUCUGCUUGUGCAAAAGGGAAAGUGGUUUUUCCUGCUUCCCUCUGCGGUGCCUACAGCGGCUUCCCGGCAGCUGCCUGCUCCAGGGGCCCUGCUCCCCCACCCCGCGGAGACUGGGGGCCCGGCUGCCUGGCCAGGAUGUACCCCCAAGGGGGAAGCUUUCCUGUGACUUGGGGGAGGGGAAUUGAUUUGCUCCGUUUCCUCCCCCCUCUGCCCUGCGAGGACUCCAGGAGUAGCAUUCCCAGCACGCCAGAGCUCAACCAGAAGAGAUCCUGUUCCCUCGGAGCUGGAGAUGAUCCCGCGGGAGGGACUCCGGUGACCAGGAGGACUCAGCAGGGAGCGGGGGGAGGAGAAUCCAGCCUGGGCAGCGCGAUGGUCCCGCUGUGCUGGCCCUGCCUGCACUACUGCCCGUACCCCCCGGCGGCCAUGAGCGGGCCCCCCGCCCCGCAGCCCCCCGCCGUCUCCUACCACUACCGCAGCUUCUGCGGGGACUUUGAGCGGGUGGAGACGGCACUGGAGCGGCUGGACGCCAGCGGCUUCUACUGGGGCAGCCUGUCGGGGGCGGAGGCCAAGCGGCUGCUGAGCCCCCACCCGCCGGGGGCUUUCCUCGUCCGCGACUCCUCCGACCACCGGCACCUCUUCACCCUCAGCCUCCGCACCGGGGCCGGCAUCACCAACCUGCGCAUCCAGCAGCAGGGGGCGGCCUUCCACCUGGAGACCCAGCCGGGGGCCCCCUGCCCGCCCGCCUUCGCCUGCGUGGUGCAGCUGGUGGAGCACUACCUGGGGCGGGCCGGGCACCCGGGGGGGCCCUGCUACCUGGAGGCCCAGGGGAGCCGCCCCGAGCCCCUGGCGCUCGCCCGCCCGCUGCGCUGCAAGGUGGCCUCGCUGCAGGAGCUGUGCCGGCGGGCCGUCCGGGCCAGCGUCCGGGCAGGGACCGGGGGGCCCGAUCUGGAGGGGCUGCCCGUGCCCCGGGCCCUACGCAACUCCCUGCGCUGCUAGGGGGCCCUGCCCCAGGCCCUACUGAACUGUCUGCGCAGAGGGAGGGGAGAGGAGCAAGGGGGGACCCCCGACCUGUGCUCAGGAUUCCCCCCCAAUGCUCGUGGGAGGCAGUGGGGUAGAGGGAGCCCCCCCUGUAACUCAGGCCUUCUCAGCACAGCUGGGGGAGGGGAGGAAACCGCAGAGUGGGACUCCCUCUAGGACACCCCAGGGUUUUCCAGCACAGUGGGAGGAAGAGCGGGAAAGGGGUCUGUAGCCCCUGCCCUAUGGAAAACACAGGGCGGGGGCAGAUGGGGGAGGGGAGCAGAUUGGCAUCAGCCCCAUGGCAGCUCCAGAGUGUGGGGGAGAUGGGACUGGAUGGGGAGAGAGGCCUGGAGUGGACAGGAGAGGGGGCUCUUCAGGCCAGGGCUGGGACCCAGAGUAAGAACUGGGAGGGGGACACAAGAAUUGGUGGGGGCUGAGGGAUCUAAUGAGGGGGUUGAGACCCAGGACUCCUGGGUUCUCCCCCCAGAUCUGGGAGGGGAGGGGGGGGUCUAGUGAUGAGAGCAGGGCGGCUAGGAGCCAGGACUCCUCGGUUCUCUCCGCAGCUCUGGGAAGGGCAUUGGGUCUAGAUCCCAACUAUUCCCGGGGAGCCAGAUUGGACCCCGGCCCCAUGCCGGGGCUCUCACCUCAUCCCCUGGAGGGCGCCACACCAACCGCAUGGAUCUCGUCUCCCGCCAGGAGCGCUGGUGGCCCUGUUACCACCAGCCGGGCUGCACGGGGGGGUCUUGUACCGCUGCAUCGGGAUGGAAUAAACCUGUCUGCUGCA